GAUUAGUUAAGAAAAACUAAUAGCACCAUCUGAGGCCUGUCAGAUUACAAGAGAGACCCAUGAGGACACAUACGCAUUAAAAUUUGUGUCAUUUAAAGGGGAAAAACUACAGAAAUUAAAAGAAUGCCUGUGGAUGUGGAAAGGAUUAUUCAGUAUAUCAAAAAAGGUGAUCAGGACAAUGUUCAAAUGCAACUGGAUGAUUACAACACAGAGUACUCACAGUGCUUCUUUUUCGAUGUGGAAGAAAGAGAAAGAAGAAAGCAACGUGAGCUGGAAGAGUUUCGGAGGAAUAAAGUGAGACAGAAUGUUCCAGACUCUGAUUCAGAUUUUGACUCUGAUGGGAAUGAUGAUGCCGAUCUUGUUUUGAGGAGGAGACUUGCUGCAGCUCUGAUCUGGUUUAUUUGUAUGCGGCUGCAGCCAUGUGUACUAAGGGAGUGUCUGCGAACUCUGAGAAUUAUCUCAAGGGAUCGUAAGGCCUUGGCCCCCCUGAUCACAGACUCUGCCAUUCUAACUCUGGCUCGAUUUGGGGGCAUCUCUACCUUGCCUGCCUGUUAUGAAGAAGAGGAGACUGGUUCUCCAUGGGGCUCCUCGCACAGUGACAUCAUUCCUGGGGCACACCCACAAAACGAGACAGAGUUGGGACAUGAUAAUAAUAGCAGCAACACCCAAUCAACAUUUAGUGACACAGAUGAACAGUCCAAUUCAGCCUGUGUCAAUUCACUGUUCAAUGAAGGAGUUUCGCAAUGCUCCAUGAUUCCCAUCAACCGUUUAAAUGCAACAUCAGAAUGUGAUACUGUUAAGAAAGUUGCAAUCCUAACACUGACUGAGCACCAUGAAGAAAGCCUAAUGAGGGAUAGGGUCACCGGGGUGUUGACAAGAGGAAAAAAGGAUGCCAGAGGAGAGAAGGAUGAGGAGGGGCGUGAUGAUGGAGAGUUGGUGAGGAAAGAAGCUUUGAAGACCCUUUGCAAUGUUUUCUACAACAGUCCGAAAGCACAAGAGAGAGCCAGCAGCCUGAGAUUGCUUCAAGGCCUAUCAGAGAGACUUAAGGAGGGGCUUAUAUGUUCAUCAAGCCCUCCAAGUUGUCAGUUUUAUGAACUGCGACUUCUCUUUCUACUGACGGCUCUAAGGCCUGAGCUUAGGGUGCAGCUCCGACAGGAGCAUGGCGUGUCCCUCUUGACUGCAGCUCUUGAACAGUGUUUAGAAGUGCGCUGGGGUGAAGCAUAUGAGGUGCUGACUGAUCAGACAGUGCCCCCUUUCAGUAAGGAGGUGUCUCAACGUGCCCUUGAGAUUCUGAAGACCCUGUUUAACAUUACCUAUACUGUCCACAGACAAGAAAUAGAUGAGGAGGCUGGUGCUUUGUAUCGUCACCUAGCUGCGGUCCUGCGUCAUUGCCUGUUAGUGCCCUGUGAGGGAGAAGACAGGAGAGAGGAACUGCAGGGACACACCGUGAACGUGCUUUCAGCUCUACCUCUUCAGUGCCUGGAUGUUCUGCUCGCUGUUCGACUGUCUAAAGAUUCGAAGGAGUCUGGUGGAGUCAACAUGGACUGUGUCCACACUUUGCUGCUCUUCAUGGAGAAGAGACUGGACAAAGGUCAUACGCUAAAGGAAAAACUGACUCUGGUAUUAAACUUAUUGACUGAGAGCAGCAAGGCACACAGAGAAACCAGACACUAUCUCAGACACCAGAUCCUGCCUCCACUGAGGGAUGUUGAAUCGAGGCCUGAACAAGGGAACACAUUGAGGAGCAGACUGGUGCGACUGAUGACCCAUGUUGACACUGAUAUCAAACACUGCGCUGCUGAGCUUCUCUUUGUACUCUGUAAAGAAAAUGUAAGCAGAUUUGUGAAGUACACCGGCUAUGGUAAUGCAGCUGGGCUGCUGGCAGCACGGGGUCUGCUGAACGGCCGUGGCUCGUCUCCUCAGCCACAGUACUCCAGUGACUCUGAUUCAGACACUGAGGAGUACAGACAGGUCAAGGACAGAAUUAACCCAGUGACGGGACGGGUGGAGGAGGAACAGCCUGAUCCCAUGGAAGGGAUGACUGAAGAGGAGAAAGAGGCAGAGGCACACAGACUCAUAAAUAUGUUCAACAAGCUGUCACGGGACAAGAUCAUUCAGCCAAUGGGAGUGACCACAGAUGGGAAACUGGCACCGCUCUGUGGCCAGAUGAGGCACAGCACUAUGGAAGAGGAAGAGGAGGAGGGGGAUGACAGUGAGACAGAUCAGUAAUGAAGGAAAAGGGAGGAAAUAAUAAGAUGAUGAUUAAUGAGAGAUAGGAUGAAAGUCAGGAAAAUAUGUACUAAAGAUUUUAGCAGUGAAACAAUAACAGUGCACCACUAGUGCACACAUUUUUCCUUAAUAACUAGAAUUAAGGAAACUUAUUUUAAAAAGGUAUGGUUAUGAAAAUGAGAUGAUAUGAACAAAUGAAAUUAAAUGAGCAUAAAAAGAUGCAAUAAGAAGCACUGUUAAAAACGAAUAAGAGAGAGUUUAAAUGUAAUUUAUGUGCACAAAAUAGCAGAUGUAAUUGUUUUAUUAUAAAUCUUGUCAAAGUGAAUAUCAUACAAAUAAUAUGAUUUAGAAGCAGCUACAUGUAGACGCAAAGAAACAUAGCAGACAAAGAGCGAGUGAAACAGCCAUCACACCAAAGACAGACAAACACUCCUGGAAAAUGCUGCCACUGUUGCCAUGGUUGUGUUACCAUGGUAACAACAGGAAAUGCAGUUC